AUGCGCUUCCUCAAGUCUGUCUUCGUUGGUACCUUUGCACUGGCAAGCCUCGUCGUUGCUCAGGCUCCACGCCUGGCAUUUACCAAGACACCUACCCAAGUCAUUGCAGGCCAGCCAGUCACCAUCCAGUACACAGCGCAAAACCUAAACCAGGUGAGAAAGGUACCAUAUGGCAAUCGUUGGAGCGUAUGCUAA